AUGGAGGAGAAGAAGUUUGAGGCGACCACCGUCCAAACGGGGUCGGAUGGUCCCCCAGCCUAUGGCCACUCGUCUCCCACUCAGGAAAGCAUGGGUCAACGGUUCAUGUCUAGUUUCAAGCGAGACCCCAACCACACCGUCUCUGGCGGUGCUGGAGCUGAUGGCGCUGGCUUCGAUAUCGAGACUGCCGCCCAUAAUACGGCUAACUCCCCGCUGCAGCGCCGCUUGAAGGGUCGUCAUCUGCAGAUGAUUGCUAUUGGUGGUUCUAUUGGUACUGGUCUUUUCGUCGGUUCUGGAAGUGUUUUGGCCGUCGGAGGUCCAGCCUCGGUAUUGAUCGCCUAUAUUUUGAUUGGAGCCAUGCUUUACUGUACCGUUCACGCCUUGGGUGAAAUGGCUGUUCUCUUCCCCGUUGCCGGUUCUUUCGCCACUUAUUCGACUCGUUUCGUGGAUCCUGCUUGGGGAUUUGCUAUGGGUUGGAACUACGCUCUUCAGUGGCUCAUUGUCCUGCCCUUGGAAAUCGUCGCUGCUUCCAUCACAGUCGAUUAUUGGAAUCCAGGUGUUUCAAACGCCGCUUGGGUAACCAUCUUCUGGGUUUUGAUUGUCUCGAUCAAUUUGUUCGGCGUGCGAGGAUAUGGUGAAGCGGAAUUUGUCUUCUCGCUCAUCAAGGUCAUUGCCGUUAUUGGUUUCAUCAUCCUUGGAAUCGUCCUCAACUGCGGCGGUGGCCCCCAAGGUGGAUACAUCGGCGCCAAGUACUGGUACAACCCAGGUGCAUUCAACAACGGCUUCAAGGGUCUCUGCAGUGUAUUCGUUAAUGCCGCGUUUGCCUUUGCUGGAACCGAACUUGUCGGUCUUGCCGCCGCUGAAACCGAUAACCCCCGCAAGUCCCUUCCGACUGCCGUUAAGCAGGUCUUCUGGCGUAUUGCUCUCUUCUAUGUGGUUUCCCUUACCAUCGUCGGCCUCCUGGUGCCAUAUACCGAACCCAGACUUCUCAGCGGUUCCUCCUCCGCCGAUAUUAAGGCCUCUCCUUUCGUCAUUGCCAUCGAGAACGCAGGAAUCAAAGUUCUGCCUUCGAUCAUGAACGUCGUCAUCAUGAUUGCAGUCCUGUCUGUCGGUAACUCCUCCGUCUAUGGAUCCUCGCGUACUCUUGCUGCCCUUGCCGAGGCGGGCCAGGCCCCCAAGAUCUUCGCAUACAUCGACCGCAAGGGUCGUCCCCUCCCCGCCCUUCUGUUUGCAUCUGUCUUGGGUCUGCUUUCCUACCUCGCUGCCUCGCCCGUGCAGAGUGAAGCCUUCUCCUGGAUGAUGGCCAUCUCGGGUCUGUCCUCUAUUUUCACCUGGGGUUCCGUGUGUGGUGCUCACAUCCUCUUCCGUCGCGCGUGGAAGCUACAGGGCCACAGCCUGGAUGAGCUUGCAUUCCGUUCCCAGCCUGGCAUCAUUGGCUCGUGGAUUGGUCUCAUUUUCAAUUGUCUCGUGCUGAUUGCUCAGUUCUGGGUUGGUUUCGCCCCCAUUGGUUACGCAGACAUGAACUCCCGGGAGAUUUGCGAGAAAUUCUUCUCUGUCUACUUGGCCGCCCCCGUGGUUCUAAUUUGCUAUAUCGGUUAUAAGAUCAAGUACAAGACCAGAUUUGUUGCCUCCGCCGAUGUGGACUUGGUCACCGGUCGUCGCGACCUUGAUAUUCAGCAUUUGGUUGAGCAGGAGCUCGCCGAACAGAGGAACUGGCCUAAGUGGAAGAAGGUUUACAAGUUCUUCUGUUAA